GAGGGGAACUGACAUUAAAGCAACACAACAAGGAAACUACACUGCGGAGCCUCAGAGACGCCUUCAUUUUAUGUUUUUGAAUAAUAGCCGGAGCUUGAGAGGCGAAGUGUGAGUGAAAGGCAGCCCCCGGAGAGCUGCGGCUUUAAGUGUCCGGGGCAGAAAGCGGCUUUUUUGACCGAGCUGGAUUUAAAGGCGCUCUCCGUCUCUUUCUCAGACAUGGGGUCAGAGCCACCUGGAUCCCCUCAGGUGGUGGAGGAUGGAGGUGAGGAAGAUGAGGAGGAGCUGAGUGGAGGAGAGGAGGCAGAUUUUAGGUCCAGCUCAGGCAGAGGCUCCCUGCUGACCCGGAGGGGCAUCACCCUGAGAGUGCUGCUGAAGGAUGGGCUGGUGGAGCCUGGCGAUGGCGUGUUGGCCAUCCACUACCUGGGUAAGAACUUUGUUGGGGACCUGCUGAAUGAUGGGAAGAUCCGAUGGGUGGAGACGGGCCAGAUCUUUAACUCCCCAAGCGCCUGGGCGACACAUUGUAAACGCCUGGUGAACCCAGCCAAGAAGUCCGGCUGUGGAUGGGCAUCAGUGCGCUACCGGGGUCACAAGCUGGCCCAGUUCAAGACCACCUGGCUGCACAAGUAUCAACCAAGCGCGGACAUGAGCAUGGUGAGUGAAGAAGAUGACGACGAGGAUGAGGAGGAAGGGAAGGCAGCUGUGCCGGCAGAUGAGAAGAACAAGAACAACAAACCUGGUUUAAAUGAUGUAAUGGUCUCACGUCGAGCCGACAGAGAGAGGAUUCCUGUCAGAUAUUGCACUUUGGGCACCAGGGACGCAGCCAGAGAUCCACACACGCUGGUGGAGCUGUCAGCGUUUUCAGCCAUCAACAGGUUCCAACCGUUCAAUGUAGCCGUCUCUAGUAAUGUUCUGCUGCUAAUGGACUUUCACUGUCAUCUGACCUCCAGUGAGGUGGUGGGCUACCUUGGAGGGCGAUGGGACACAAACACACAAUUGCUGACAGUUCUAAGGGCUUUCCCGUGUCGGACCAGGCUGGCUGACAGAGAUACGGCCUCCGCUGUUGAAGAGGAGAUAUGUCAGAACCUGUUUAUGCGGGGGUUAUCGUUAGUGGGCUGGUACCACAGCCACCCCCGAGGUCCGGCCUUGCCGUCGCUGCAGGACAUCGACUCCCAAAUGGAUCACCAGCUGAGGCUGCAGGGCUCCAACAAUGGCUUCCAGCCCUGUCUGGGCAUCAUCUGUGGUCCAUACUACCAUGGAAACCAAGGUGUGGCAUCUACAAUAACACCGUUCUGGGUCGUACCACCACCUGAGCAACGGCCUAAUGACUACGGCAUCCCUGUGGCGGUGGAAGUCACUUAUGUUCAGGACAAUUUUCUCACAAGUGAUGUUCUCAAUGAGAUGAUGCUGCUGGUCGAUUAUUACAGGACGGCACCCGAUCUGGUCCAGUUUAACCAGUAUUGGUGUCCUGAGACGACCAUGAUGGACAAGAUAAAGGGCUCUCUAAGCUGCCAUGCCCCCAAAGACCAGGCCUACUCUCAGAUCUUGGAACAUGUCUACAGCCAACUUAGCACAACGCACUGAGAUCCGCCCUGCACGUGUGACGUGACCUCCAACUGACUCGAGUCGUUCCAUUUUGAACAGCUUAACAGACCUGAAUGGUCUGACGCUCGUUAAAUUCUGCUUGAAAAUACAAAGAUAGAUGCCCUGAAUGGUCUCCUGCUUGAGUGUUAAUAUCCAUAUAGCAUUAAAAACAGACUUUCAGAGCUGGACAGGCACUAGAUAUGUGAAAGUAGUCGCUUUUUGUAGUUGUACUGUACUUUAUGAGAAGAGACAUACAAAUCUAACAAAACACAAUCCCAUAAAAAAGAAAUCAGAUUUAACUGGACACUGUAUGGACAGUGAAAGACCUGCUGCUUUUAAAAACAUGGACCUAUAUGCUUCCAUAUUAACAGAUAUGGAUGAUUAACAGUAAUAAAUGUCUCGCCUUUAUAGACUCAGUCAGUGGGGAUAGUAGUUGUGGGUAAGCAGUCAAUAGUAGUAUAAAACAUCCAUCAGCUAUGUAUGCAAAAUUAUGUGUUUGAUCCAAACGAUACUCUCCAACAGAUCCAGUUUUGGCUCCUGAGGUCAUAUUAAGGAGUUGGUUGUGGAGUGCUUCCUCUAGUUCAACAAAACAGGUGUGUGUUUGUGUGUUAGGUGCGUUGUGUUGUGAACAUGCCCAUCUGCUGUCCUUUUGUUAGUUUGAGUGAAAUAUGGGCACUCUUUAAGACAGGUAUUUGCUUCCUCUCAAACUGUUCUGUAUUUAUUACUAACUGUUGACUGUGUGGUUUAUAUGUGUGCAGACAGAGCUAUGCCUUAAGCCUGCUGAUUGGUGAAUCACUAAGUAUUAAAAUAUAUACACUGGAACCAUUUAAAUAUGAUCUAUUGUUUAAUUGUUUUGCCGCAUUAUAGCCAAAGAGCUUGAAUGUUUAUACAGUUUUGUAUGGGUUUGACCAACAUAAAGCAGCGCAUUAAAGAGUUGAGAGAAAAGAGUAAA